AGUUUGUGUUUUAGACGCUGCAGAGCGCUCGAUCUUUCUCUGCGAGCAUACAACGAGAGAGAGAAGUUUGUGGUUUCGACGUACUGGUCCGCUUCAUCUACCAAAGAACGAGAGAGAGUGAGAAGUUUGUGCUGUAGACGUAGCGGCAGAGAAAGAGAGAGAGAGAGAGAGAGAGGUGCCGCUUUUCUCUCUCUUCAAAUGGGGCACCACUCGUGCUGCAAUCAGCAGAAAGUGAAGCGAGGGCUGUGGUCGCCUGAGGAAGACGAGAAGCUCGUCCGUUACAUAACGAGCAACGGCUAUGGCUGCUGGAGUGAAGUCCCUGAAAAAGCAGGGCUUCAAAGGUGUGGCAAAAGUUGUAGGUUGAGGUGGAUAAAUUAUUUGAGACCUGACAUUAGGAGAGGGAGGUUUACUUCUGAAGAGGAGAAGAUAAUAAUCAAUCUUCAUGCUGUAGUUGGUAAUAGGUGGGCACAUAUAGCAAGCCAUUUACCAGGUAGAACAGAUAAUGAAAUCAAGAACUACUGGAACUCAUGGAUAAAGAAGAAGAUCAGAAAAUCAGCAAGCCCAUCUAAGACUCCAUCAUCCACCAUUGACAAUCUUCAGCCUACUUAUGUCGACAAUUUUCAUCAUACUUCUGUCAUGGAACAACUUGAAUACCCCAAGCAAGAGCCCUCGUCAAAACCCGUCUUCGCAAAGGAGUUCUCUUCUGUAUCCCCACCUUUUCUGCCUUUAACAGGCCCAAUUGAGGGAAUUAGAGAUGAAAUUGAUCAUGAAAUCUCAGGCCUAAAUCUUGAACCAUGGCAACCGAAUUGUGAUCUCCAUGUUCCUAGCUCAUUCGGAUUCACGAGCGUCAUAGAUUCGAGCUAUUUAGGCAAUUCAGUCGAAAGGUGGGAGGAGAUGGAGAGAGAGAACCUUGGAAACAUGAGAGAAAAUAUGGAGAGCAUGAGAGAGAAUAUGAUGAGAGAGAAUUUGGAGAGCAUUAGGGAGAAUAUGAUGAGAGAGAAUGGGGGAUUUAUGGGGGUGCAAGUUCAAGAGUGCAAUGGUGUAGAGGGUGAUGAAAGGGUGGGAAGGGAAUGCAUGGAGAGUGGGUGGGUUGAGGCUCAGCAAUAUCAUCAGGGCUUGAUGCUUUGGGACCAGUUAACAACAGGGUUGGGUGGGUAUGCUGCAUUAGGGCCACAGCUUUCAGGUAAUGUGGAUGCAUUGGCUGGUUCUUAUCAGUCUCCAUUUUUAUGAGAAGCCCGUGUUUGAAAUCCUGGUUUGAUGAAUAUGAAGACCUAAGGCUCUCGCUCGCUCUCUCUGUUAAAGUGUCACUUUCUCCCAAGUAGUCAUCUCUAAAGACAGGAAAUGCUUUUCAGCUUUGUCUUCUUCCCCCCCCUCAACCACCCUUCUCUCUAUGUAUUUCUCUUUUCUUCGGCUUGGUGUCUCUGUCAUGUUUGUGUCAAAAAUAGAAACCGGCAUUCAACCCCUCACUGCCUCACGUCUUUUUCCCAAUUAAUACCUUAGACCUCUCUCUCUCUCUCUCUCUCUAAUUAGAACCUUAGAUCUC